AUGCGAUUCUCAACCGCCAUUCUUUUCGCUGGCAACGCCUUCGCUGCCGUCCAGCAAGAGUGUCUCGCCAACCACAACGAGGACCUCGCUGCCUUUGCCGACUGUGCCAACAAGGGUGCCCUCUCUCUCUGCCUCUCCAACCUCAAGGAGACCGAUGAGGCCGCCAUCAAGACCUGCUACACCUCCGCUGGCUGUGCCGACGAGGAUGCCGCCCGCGAAGCUCACUACACCCUCGAGCGAUGUUCAGAGCUCGCAAAGGCCGGCGAGCUAAAGAAGCGCUACGAAGCUGCUGCCAUGCCGACUCUGAUUCCCAACGUUGAGGCCACCGGCACCAUCACCAAGGGCCCCGAGCGUACCGGUGGUGAACUCAAGAAGCGUGCUACUGACACUUCAAGAGGAACGCAAUGCUUCACAACUUUCAAGAAGUCGACUGAGCAGUGCGAUCUCGAGACCGUUUCGGACAAGACCCAGACUGCUACCUGCUACAGUACCGAGAUCAGCACCAGCACAUGCCGCAGCGAUGUUAUCUGCACCACCGACUCUUCUGCUGAGGACAUUUGCAUGGUCAAGAAGGAAAUGGACACUGCCGGUAUCAUAAUCGCCAUUGUCUUUGCCGCCUCUGCCGCCUCCAUGCUCGGCUACCUCACUUUCAUGUGCUGCCGUGACCGCAAGGAGCAGAAGCGCCUUGUCGCCAAGUCCGAGGCUGUUGCUCUUGCCCGUGCCGCCACAAAGAAGCAGCGCGCUGCUCAGCGUCAGCCUCUCAUCCGCAACGCUUCAGGCCAGUCCGCCCCUGGUGCCCCCGCUGGCAACCCCUUCCAGGACCGAAUCUAG